AGCAGUAAUGUACGUUAUGAGAAUGUUGUGAAGAAGACUGCAAACGACAUUUCCUGUGCAUAUCGGAAAUGUGUUUCGUUCUGUUAUUGUUAGCUAGCUAAUGUUGAAUAUAAGUUAACAUAUUCGUAUAGCAAUUGUGUUAAUCGAAGUGUCAAUAUGCCUGGCUAGAUUCUAGUUUGCUGAUAAACGAGAUUACCACCUGAUAUACGUUGUCUGAGUGACACCUGCCGAAUGUAGCAACGUUACUAUUCGAAAGUUCUGGACUGUGACCAAGAUCAUGGACCAAGAUAUACAGGCAGGUGUUGCAAUUGCAUCUGUGGUUGGGGCACCGAUUGGAGCAGCUGGGUCAGAGGAGGAGGAGUCGACUGGGAUGAAAGACAUCAAAAGGACAGCAACACAGGCUUUCGUUGGGGGUGGUGGUGUUGUGCCCAAACGCAGGAGCUCUUCAAGGUCAAUUAAGAGGAAGAAGUUUGAUGAUGAGCUGGUGGAGAGCAGCCUGGCCAAGUCAUCUAGCAGGGUCAAGGGUCCACCUGUCAUCGAGCCAAUCCGCUGCUCUGGGAGCGAACCCUCAUCCAAUGAGAAGAAGAAGGUGUCCAAGUCCAGCACGGCCCUCACGCCACCCCUCACCAUGGUGAUCACCCCCCCACCCAUUGCCAAGCGGGUGAAGAAGAGUAAGCAGCCCCUCCAGAUCACUAAAGACCUGGGACGCUGGAAACCCACCGACGACCUUCUGCUCAUCAAUGCUGUGCUACAGACGACAGAUCUGACCUCUGUUCAUCUGGGGGUGAAGUUCAGCUGUCGUUUCACCCUGCGGGAGAUCCAGGAGCGCUGGUACGCACUGCUCUACGACCCCGUCAUUUCCAAGUUGGCAUGGCAGGCGAUGCGACAGCUUCAUCCGGAGGCCAUUGCUGCGAUCCAGAGCAAAGCGCUCUUCAGUCAGGCUGAGGAGGCUCUGCUGGCUAAGAUUCCCUCAAGCAGUCAGCCCAAGCUGGAGGUGUUCCAGGAGAUGCUGAGUAAGCACCCUAGUGUGUUCUACCCCUCCCGCACUCCCAAGAGCUUGCUGGUGCACUGGCAGCUACUCAAACAGUACUACCUGCUGGAGGACCAGAGUGUCCAACCUCUCCCUAAAGGCGACCAAGUCCUCAACUUCUCUGAUGCUGAGCAGCUGGUGGACGAUUCUAAGCUAAAGGAGAGCAGGGAUGAGGUGCUGGAGCAUGAGCUGAUGAUCUCUGACCGCCAUCAGAAGAAAGAGAUAAGACAGCUGGAACAGGAGCUACCACGCUGGCAGGUCCUGGUGGACAGCAUCACAGGGAUGAACUCUCCAGACUUUGACAACCAGACACUGGCAGCGCUGAGAGGCCGGAUGGUUCGCUACCUUAUGAGGUCACGAGAGAUCACCCUGGGCAGAGCCACCAAGGACAAGCAGAUAGAUGUGGAUCUGUCUCUGGAAGGACCUGCAUGGAAGAUCUCCAGGAAACAAGGGAUCAUUAAACUGAAGAACAACGGGGACUUCUUCAUAGCCAACGAAGGCCGCAGGCCCAUCUACAUAGACGGCAGACCAGUCUUGUCUGGCUACAAGUGGAAACUCAACAACAACUCUGUGGUGGAGAUUGCAGGUCUUCGUUUUGUGUUCCUGAUCAACCAGGAGCUGAUCUCACUCAUCAAGGCAGAAGCAGCUAAGAUGAACCAGCAGUGAGAGAGAGAGAGAGCCGUGCUGCCUCAGUGGAGGAGAGAGACUGGAGCAGAGGCCAAGUCACAUGCCUGUGUCUACUGCACAGCCAGCUCCUCCAUACAGAGCAACGUACAGUGGCCUCCAGUGGACACACUGUACACCACCAGGAGCCUAGUAGACGAGGUCCACAUGAAGGAGCACAGACUUGAAUGAAAGGAACCCAGAACCCUUUUGGUCAUGGUUAUACAGUGGAGUAAGAGCAGGGGACACCCACACACACACACUGAGAAUGGUGAUAUUUGGUUACAUCUCAUACCUUUCCACUGCUGGACAUUUUAGGGGGAAUCCCAUCUCAAAGACACUCAAUGAUACUUUCCUUGUAACUACAGGACCAUAAUAACACCAGUUUAGUCUUGUUUUAAAGUUUAAAUUGGCAUUCAUAUCAUGAGGUUCCACACUGCCUAUAAGACAAUGAAUUGGUUUUAAUUCUGUGUUUCCUUUUUUCCCCCCAUACAGAUUGAUUUAGGUUGAGCUGGUACAUGCAAAGAUGCAUUUAGGACCAGGAUAGGGUAUCACUUGUAAAAGUGAUAUUGUGUAUGUAUGUAUCUAUGUUAGUGCUACUUAAGCCAAAGCCAUGUAAAUGUGACAGUUUGUUAGAUUUUUGUAUGAAAGCUUGGAUUAAACUGUCAUUAGUUGAAUGUC